AAUCAAUAGGCUAUGGUACUAUAAAAGGAUGUUACAGUGACAAACAAAGAAAAGAGAGAGUAGUUGUUGAGUUGGGCUCAGAUCUAAGAAAAUGGAAGGGAUAGAACACAAAAUAGUGAAGGUGAAUGGUAUAAACAUGCAUGUGGCAGAAAAAGGGGAAGGUCCUGUGAUUCUUUUCCUCCAUGGCUUCCCCGAGCUAUGGUACUCUUGGCGUCACCAGAUCAUUGCUUUGUCUUCCCUGGGCUACCGAGCUGUGGCCCCUGACCUGAGGGGCUUCGGUGACACGGAUGACCCACAUCCCGUCGCCAGUUACACGUGCUUCCAUAUACUGGGGGAUUUGGUUGAGCUUUUGGAUGCUGUUGCUCCAGACCAGGAGAAGGUUUUCGUAGUAGGACAUGACUGGGGCGCUUACAUGGCUUGGUAUUUGUGUUUGUUUAGGCCAGACAAAGUGAAAGCUUUGUUGAAUUUGAGUGUGCCAUUUCUUCCAUUUACUCGGCAAAUUAGGCCCCUUGAUGGCUGGAGAGCUUUCUAUGGGAAUGAUUAUUACAUCUGCAGAUUUCAGGAACCUGGAGAAAUAGAAGCAGAAUUUGCAGAGAUUGGUACAGAAAGAGUUGUCAAGGAGUUCCUAACAUACAGGGCUCCGGGUCCAAUUUUGUUAACCAAAGGCAAACUAUUCGGACAUUCAGCAGAUACCCCAAUCAAAUUACCUUCUUGGUUGUCAGAGGAAGAAGUUGACUACUAUGUCGCUAAAUUUGACAAGAAUGGCGGUUUCACUGGUGGAAUCAACUAUUACCGAAACUUUGACAGAAAUUGGGAACUCUUGGCACCAUGGGUUGGUUGUGAGAUCAAAGUACCAGCUAAGUUCAUUGUGGGGGAUCAGGACCUGGUUUAUCACAUGCCUGGUAUCAAGGAAUACAUUCACAGUGGUGGGUUCAAGAAAGAUGUGCCACUUUUGCAGGAAGUAGUGGUAAUGGAAGGAGUUGGGCACUUUAUCAACAUGGAAAAAGCAGACGACAUAAACAAGCACAUUUAUGAUUUCUUCCGCCAGUUUGAUUGAUAUUUCAAGUCCUUCCCUGCUCUAUGUAUGUCAGCCUUCGUGUAAUAAAUUUGGCUACGAUCCAUGAUGUUCAACCAGCCUUUGUGUAAUAAUCUUAGACUGUCAUGCUGUUGGAAUUGUUUGUCGAAAUCGAUAUUGCCUUUUAUCUAUGGAUGAAAACGAAAAUUCAAAAGAA